AAAAAUAUAGUUUUCAAUAUCUACAUAAUUUGAUAUAUAUUGUUGGGUCGGUGAUUAAACCGUUUUUGUGUAACACGUAUAUAUAUAACAAGCAUAACCUAAUGUGUGGUAUAUGUCACUCAUCUAUAAGCAAGCGUGAAAAAUUUAGAACCCUAACUAAUUUCGCCACCUGUUUCAAACAAUUAAUGACGACGGUCUCUGAUCUUUCCAGAUAUUUGAUCGGGGAGAUACUCUCUAAAGUUCCGAUUACAUGUGUUGGAAAAGUAAGAUGCACAUGCAAACGAUGGAAUGCUUCAUCGAGACAUAGGAUAGUUGGUAAAACAGUAGCUAGGCAGUUUAUGGGGUUCAUGAUGAUGGAUUUUAAGGUUUGUUCCAUUAGAAUCGAUCUCAAUGGAAUAGUAAAGGACGAGGAAGGCUCUGGUCCAGUAUCUAUAAAACUGAUUGAUAAUCUCAAUAAAAUCGAGAUAAUUAAAGUGUUUCACUGCGACGGCUUGUUGUUAUGCACGACCCGAGACAACACAAGGCUAUUGGUUUGGAACCCGUAUCUAGGGCAAAUGAAGUGGAUCGAGCCCAAAAAAGCUUACCACAGAUUGGACAGGUAUGCUCUGGGGUAUGAUACAAACAAGAAAUCCUACAAAAUAUUGAGGUUUGUGGAUGAUGCCUACUGGCCCACACCCCUUUUUGAGUUUGAAAUCUACGAUACGAACUCUAACUUGUGGAGGGCUCUUGAUGUCACUCCCGACUGGGAUAUCGAGUAUUUUCGACCCGGCUUGACAGUGAAGGGAAACACUUACUUUUUCGCUAAACAAAAAAUAAUAUUAGACGAAGGUGAAGCAGACGGAGAUGUAGAUGAUUUCUUGGUCUCUUUUGAUUUUACCAAAGAGAGAUUUGGACCACAUCUGCACGUGCCGUUUCACUCUCGUCUCGACGAAGACACCGUGGUUCUAUCGAGUGUCGGAGAAGAGAAGCUUGCAGCGUUAUAUCAAUGCAUGGAUAGAAAUAUGAUGGAGAUAUGGGUUACCACUAAGACUGAGCCCCACGUGGUGUCGUGGAGCAACCUGUACUUCUUAGCAGUUGAUAAGAUGGUCCCUCUCUUUAGUGGAAGUUUCUUCAUUGACGAGGAAAAGAAACUCGCACUGGCUUUCACUUUAGACACACUUGGUCGCUACAAAAGGGCUUACAUCAUUGGAGAGGAUGGGUAUUUUAAACAAGUGGAUCUCGGAGAAGCUGUUGUGAUUCCUGAUGACGACGGCUAUCCCUACUGUUUCCCACUUGUGUGCUCUUACGUGCCAAGUUUAGUGCAAAUCAACCAAGGCCUAGUUCUAUCGGGAAAAAGGGAAGAAUGACAAGUUAUUGGUGAAUUACUUUUUAUUUGUUUCCUCCAUAUAAUCUCUUUUUCGUUUUCUUUGCCUUUUGUCACCUUCUUUGAACGAGACUUAUUUUUAUUUUUUUUUCUAUUUAUCAUUUUAUUACUCAAAAGCUCUGUCUAUCGUAUUUGAAGUCUUGACCAUGUAUUGAUCACAAAACCCUCUUAAUUUUAUUGUGAUUUUAUGUAUGGUGUCACAUGUUCCAGCCAAAUUAAAUCUGGAUUUACCAAGUUGAUUAAGAAAGGUUUAAAACACCACCAUAGAUAAAAUGUCUAACUGAAAACACAUAUAAAUACAUGAUUUAAUAAAUGUAUUUUUUAUUAUAUAAUUGUCUUUUUAAUUCUUGAAUUAGUAAAUGUAAGAUAGGUUUAAAACACUAUGGAAGAAUACUGCCAUAAAUUGGUUUAGCCUUUGGAUAGGAUGAAGCUAACAAAACAAACAAAGUAACACACACCAAAAUCAGAACCAUUAGAGCAUCAUUAACCCUACAAAUUCAUUUGGGGCUCUUAAUAAGUUUUUUAGUAAUAUUUGGUAAUUAAGAACUUUAGUUAAGAGACCCUUAAAUUUUGUGUUCCAAUGGGAGUUCUUCAUUAGAGGUUCUUAAAAAAAAAUUAUGAAACAUUGUGAUGAGAAGAUAAACUUAAUUAGGCUAUCUUAAAAAAACAAAAUUAUGAAACAUUGUGAUGAAAAGAUAAACAUUGGACUCAACAAGUCAGCUAACCAAACUUUCAACCUACUGAUUUUCCUGUUCUUUAAGCUAUCCCAGACACUGCUUUACACAACUAGCAACUGAACAAUCACACACCUGUCUCAUCAGUUACAUCAAAGAGAACAAAAGAGAUGAGACUGACCGUGCUUCAAUAGACUGAUGUCCUUGUCCACUUCAGAAACUGAACCAUCAUCUUCUAGUUCUACCUUCGAGUAUGAGAGUUUGCCUAGUGAUGAGAAGCAGAACGUACCUUCUUCCUGUUUGCCAGCAGCUAUAUUCUGAAUAAACACAACACAGAAAUUAAGCCUUUGUAUUAAACACAACACAACAGAGAAAAUAACAACAAACAAGAACAAGAAACAGAAGCUAUGGUACUACUCUUUUCAUGCUUUAGCAUGACUGUUAAUUUGAGGACAUUAAUACCAAAACCAGAUGAGUGGAGAGAUAGUGCACGAUCAAAUAAUAAAACUCAAUGCAACACUAA